AUGAAGCAUUGCUUUAUAUUGGCGCUUUGGAGUGUAGGGGCCCUUGCGGGACCCUGCAAUCCAAUUGAGACAGCAGGAUCUUCCACCUUUUCAGGGGGACUUGAGGAUUGCAAUGACGAGCUUGCAAAAGAUUCAUCUACCUUUCUAGCCGUAACCCUCCCGGGUCAGGAUGUUGCAGUUGAGACCUCAAUCCCAACAGAGUCCUCUGACAAUGAGAAUGCUCAGGUUUCAGUAUCUAUUCGUCCCACUGAGCCCACCCAGGUUAUAAAUGGCCAGGAAACAGGACUUGCUUCCGGAGAUGAUACCAAACCGGGAGAAGAUGGCUCUGCUCCUGCAACUACAACCGGUUCUGCUGCUGGAGAAGCUUCUGAUAACGCCACCUCAGCAGGAGCAAACGGUCCCGGAGACGUUGACACUGAGACCGUCCCCGCCAACGUGGGCAAUACCGAUUUGAACGGAGAGACCACUCAAGGUCUGUCUCCUGACACUGGAGGCCUACCCACGGCUACUGGCUCUGGGAACUCGAACCAAGAACAGCCUACGACUGAAUCGCAACCUACGGACCAUCCAGUCUCUGAAAAGACUUCAGCCUUCGGAUCUGAUAACACCUCUGCUGUCGACACUUCACCCAAGACUACUCAAACAGAGGCACACAAUGGCGCUCAUACAACCACCCAUGGAGACGACGCUACCUCCAAGCAUGUUUCAGAUAACCCAGAUACAUCAUCUGUCAGUUUCUCGUCAGGCAAUGAUCAAUCGACUAAUGUCGACACAGCCACUACAGCCAAUCCGACCGCUACAAAUGAUGGAAGUGACAGUACACCUACUACAAACGCUCCGGAGGGAUUGUCUCCAACGACUGUCGGAGGCCACCCUGAGUGGGUAUCCAACACUUGGAUCACGACGACAGGUGAUAAUUCUGAGACUACUAUCGUCCCAGUCCUUGUCGGCUGUCCUGGAUGCGGCGGGAAAGGCUCAGGCAUUGUCCUAUUUGGCUUUCCCAAGACAACCGGUACCUGGUUCAAGCUGCCCGGCCUUCCCAAGUUCAAGUUCCCCUGCAUACCUCCUUUCUGCACUACUAGCCCCGAUACAUCGAAGGACAGUGACGAGGAUGACGACGACGACGACAAUAAGUCUUACUCUACAACAUGUACUGAUAAGGCAACUGUUACCGAUUGCUUCGUUACUUGUACAACCUACACUGGGCCAGCUGGGAGUGCUAUUACACCAGACUGCAAAACAACCUGCACCAAGACACACACUGGAUGCGAUGUGGUGGGAACUACUACUACACCCUCUGCUACAGCAUGUGGCCCUUCAGGAGACAGCUCAUGCAAGUCCUGUGAGCGAAAGCUGGUGUCUGAGGUAGAUCCUGAAGAUCUAGACGAAGAUACUGAGGACUCAGAGGAAAGCGACCUUGAGCGGAGGGUACCAAAGAAGAAGAAGUUUGUUAAUGUUAGAGGUUGCGGGAAAUUACCCAAGAAUCCCAAGUUCCCCGACUACCCCGGAGGCAACACCGUUUUGGACAAUGACAGGAAUAUUAUCCCCAACAAUUCUCCAUUGAAAGAUAUCAAGAAAUAG